AUGGUAUCGUCUUUUAGAACUCUCAUCGUUGUGGCAUGUCUGCUAAUGACUGAAGCUACACCCUUACUUAAGAAGAAGGGGCUGAGCUUCGAUUACAAUGGCAGUAAGGUUCGCGGCGUCAACCUAGGAGGAUGGUUCGUGCUGGAGCCCUGGAUUACUCCGUCGUUAUUCUAUGGAUCUUGGGUAGAUGAGUACACUCUGACUCAAACACUUGGGAAAUCUGCUUCACAAAAUCUAUUAAACGCACAUUGGGCAACUUGGAUUACGCAGAAUGAUUUCAAUGAGAUUGCAAGUGUAGGCUUGAAUCAUGUCCGUAUACCAAUUGGAUAUUGGGCUUUGAAUCCAUUGCCUGGGGAUCCUUAUGUCCAGGGACAGUUGACUCACUUGGACAAAGCUAUUGGCUGGGCGAGACAGGCAGGGUUGAAAGUGAUUCUGGAUGUUCACGGGGCGCCAGGAAGUCAAAAUGGGUUCGAUAACUCGGGACGGAAAGGACCUGUUACUUGGACUCAAGGAGAUUCUACCAAGCAAACAUUGGCUGCCAUCCAAACGCUGGCCUACCGCUAUGCUCCAGCCACAGACGUUGUGACUGGGAUCGAGCUUCUCAAUGAACCAGCGAACUGGGCUCUUGACAUGGGAGCAGUUAAGCAGUUUUACUAUGAUGGUUGGGGAAAUGUGAGAAACGCGAAUCCUGAUACCGCGGUUGUCAUUCAUGAUGCUUUUCUUUCUCCGCCUUCAUGGAAUGGUUUCAUGAACUACCAAUCUGGAGUCAAUGAUAUUAUUCUCGAUACCCAUAUCUAUCAAAUCUUUUCCUUUGCAGAGGUCGCCAUGAAGCCCUGUCAACAUAUUCAGGUUGCUUGUAGUCAAGUCGGAAACUUGGCGAAUACAGACAAGUGGACAAUUGUUGGCGAAUUCAGUGGAGCACAAACAGACUGUGCAAAAUGGUUGAAUGGCUUUGGUGUCGGUUCUCGAUACGAUGGAUCAUAUCCCGGGAGUCCUGCAUGGUAUGGAUCUUGCCAGUCGAAAGAUGUUGGGACAGUUGACGGGCUACUUGAAGUCGACAAAGUGAAUCUGGCAUAUUUCAUGGAAGCACAACUUGAUGCAUAUGAAGCUCACUCAGGCUGGGUUUUUUGGACAUGGAAGACAGAAUCUGCUCCCGAGUGGCACUUCCAAAACCUGACAAGAGCGGGAUUGAUCCCACAGCCUUUGACGAGUAGAAAAUAUGGGAAGCAAUGCGCAACUUCAGCCUGUUUGAUUCCAGGCAAUUGA